GGGGCCUAAGUGGGUUAAGUUCAUUACGGUUCCGUAUAUAUUUUAUCGAUAUCUCCAGUCGAAAUUUUUCUGCAAAUCCAGUCGAAAGAUGACCAACGCUCCAGCAACCUCCGCCGCCAGCGCCGCCGGCCCAGUCCUGCGUGGCCUCCACAACGCCACGAUCAAGCGUAAUCUGGCCGUGUCCCUUGGUCUGACCGCCAUCGUAACCGUCGCCUACAAGAUGCUGAUCAACGAUCCCAAGAAGGCCGCCUACGCCGAGUUCUACCAAAAGUACGACGCCAAGAAAUCCUUCGAGCGCAUGAAGGCCGCCGGCCGUUUCCAGUCCUGCUAAGCGACCCUACGCCCCUAGGUGUACGCAUAUAGUAUAAGUCGACGAUGUGUUACGUUACGCUUCUGUAUUGAAAACUAAAUAGAUUUCAACUCGUAUGUG